UAGUCGUCUGAAUGGACGACAGCGGAGCGCGGAGACGGCUGAUAUUUUCUAAAUGUGAAUUAGCGUUCAUAGUUUUGCAGUCUCGCUUUAUUACUCCCUUGGUGUGGCUGUAUCGAGCCCCGUUGUAUUUUAAAUUAGAAUUCGAUUCGAUCUGUCACUAAGAAGUUGUUGAAGAAGCUUCACGUAUCAGUUGCGUCGUAUUCAUAGGAACCAUGGAGCUGGCGUACGUCUGUGAGUGGGAGAAACGGCCAAAGAACACCCACUGUCCAUCCAUCCCUCUGGUCUGUGCCUGGUCAUGUAGGAACCUGGUAGCGUUUACCACUGACCUGAAGAAUGACGAUGACGACAAAGAUGUCAGUCACAUGAUCCACAUUAUCGACACGGACCACCCGUGGGAUGUUUACUCCAUCAACUCAGGACAUGCCGAGGUCAUUUCUUGUCUUGAAUGGGACCAGUCAGGAUCCAGGCUACUUUCAGCAGAUGGUGAUGGACAGAUCAAAUGCUGGUCCAUGUCGGAUCAUCUGGUCAACAGCUGGGAAAGCUGUCUUUCCAGUUCUGUGGACGGCGAUCCCAUUGUUGCGCUGAGUUGGCUGCACAAUGGAGUCAAACUGGCUCUCCAUGUGGAGAUGUCUGGAUCUACAAACUUUAGCGAGAAGUUCUCCCGAGUCAAGUUCUCCCCGUCUUUGACUCUGUUUGGUGGGAAACCGAUGGAGGGCUGGCUGGCGGUGACGGUCAGUGGUCUGGUCACCGUUUCGCUGCUGAAGCCCGGUGGUGCUCUGCUGACAGCCAGUGAGAGUCUCUGUCGGCUGCGAGGACGAGUGGCAUUGGCCGACAUCGCCUUCACCGGAGGAGGCAACAUUGUGGUGGCAGCGACUGAUGGCAGCAGCUCAUCUCCUGUGCAGUUCUACAAGGUGGUCGUCAGUGUGGUGAGCGAGAAGUGCCGCAUCGACACAGAGCUGUUACCGUCCUUGUUCCUGAGAUGCACCACUGACCCACUCAGGAGGGAGAAGUACCCCGCUGUCACGCAUCUCAAAUUCCUGACCAGGGAGAAUUCAGAACAGGUUCUUCUCUGUGCGUCCAAUCAGAGCGGCAGCAUCGUGGAAUGUUGGUCCCUGAGGAAAGAGGGACUUCCUGUCAAUAACAUCUUCCAGCAUCGGUCACCAGUCUUGUUGGAGAAGCAACCAACAAUCCUGAAAUGGAGGAUCUUGACCACUACCACUGACAUGGAGCGAGUGUCGGCCAUCGCUCUGCCGAAACUGCCCAUCUCAAUAUCCAAUACCGACCUGAAGGUGGCAUCAGAUACAAAGUUCUGCCCAGGACUUGGUCUGGCUCUUGCCUUCCACGACGGCAGCAUCCAGAUCUUCCACCGUCUUUCUCUCCAGGUGAUGGGCGUUUUCUAUGGCUCCUCGUCCACAUCUGGACCUGGGCAGCGGCCUGGAGACGAAACGUCUAUCAAGCGACAGAGAACGGCAGGGCCCAUCCUCCACUUCAAAGCGCUGCAGUUCUCCUGGACGUCCUUGGCUCUGGCGGGAGUGGACAACCACGGGAAGCUCCACAUUCUGCGAGUAUCGCCAUCUAUGGGUCAGGUGCUGGAGAUGAACACGACCUUGCGCCAUCUUCUGUUCCUGUUGGAGUAUUGCAUGGUGACAGGCUACGACUGGUGGGAUGUAUUGCUGCAUGUGCAGCCUAAUAUGGUCCACAACCUGGUGGAGAAGCUGCACGAGGAGUACAUGAGGCAGAACCAGGCACUGCAGCAGGUCCUGGCCACACGUAUUGUCGCUGUCAAGGCAUCUCUGUGUAAACUGUCCACAGCGACAGCGGCUCGGGCUUGCGACUUCCACGCAAAGCUGCUGCUGAUUGCUAUCAGUUCCACCCUGAAGUCCCUGCUGAGGCCUCUCACCCUCAACCCCGCUGACAAAAGUCCUGGCGACCGACUGGCUGAGAUCUGCGCCAAGAACAUCGACACAGAUAUUGAUAAGGUGAUGCUGAACCUGAAGACGGAGGAGUUUGUGUUGGACGGACCGCCACUGCAGUCACUGCAGCAGCUCAUCCAGUGGGUAGGGGACUUUGUCCUCUAUUUGCUGGCCAACCUGCCCAACCAGGGCUCCAUGGUCCGACCGGGGUUUGGCUUCAUGAGGGACGGGGCGUCUCUCGGGAUGCUGAGGGAGAUGCUGGUGAUGAUCCGCAUCUGGGGUCUACUGAAGUCCGGCUGCCUGCCCACCUUCACUGCCACGUCGGACAACCAGGACAGCAUGCAGCUUCUGUUCCGGCUGCUCACCAAGCUGUGGCUCUGUGCUCGGGAGGAUGGACCCCCCCAAGACCCCGAUGAGACCCUGAUAGACGAGUGCUGUCUGUUGCCCAGCCAGCUGCUGGUCCCCAGCAUGGAGUGGCUCCCGGUGAACGAUGGGGUCAUUGUGAAGCUGCAAGGCAAACUUCCGCUGAGGCUGCAAUUCGGGAAAACACUGUCGCUGCCUGGACUGGGCUCCCCCUCCGUCCCGAUGGAUGCCUUCACCAGGAGCCCCAGCACUCAGAAAAUGGAUAAUCUACGUUGCAUCCACAUGGGCGUCUGUCCCACGGAGGAGAGCAAAGCUUGCACCAGGUGCGGCUGCGUCACAAUGCUUCGCUCACCCAACAAAACCAGCGCCAUGAAGCAGUGGGAGCAGCGCUGGAUCAAAAACUGCCUGUGCGGAGGUUUGUGGAGGAGGAUACCAACAACAAGCACAUGAACACACCAUGACUGGUCCUGCAGAUGGGGGCACUUACACCUACAGGGUGCACCUGAACUCAACAGAGGAUUACACACUCACGGACAAACUUGAACUUUUUAUCAAUGCUCAGUUUGGACCCUUGAGGACAUGGAACACCUGAACACAACACUUAAAAACCCAAAACGUCACGAACUUCAAAGUGAACACCGGAACCUGUAUGUAUAUGUUUGUAUAGUCAUGUGAAUCAAACAAAAAGGAAAAUGACUGAUCUGAACACAGCAAAAUCACCAACCGCAUGUGCCACAGACCUUUCUCAUCUCAUCAUACAUCAAAUACAUGGACUCAUGUAGCAGAUGGGCGUCGAACAGCGGGACACAGGUUCUGUGAAAGCACGACAGACAAUAAUUGACCUGGAUGCCACUCAGCUGGAGGCGAUUCCAUGAACACACCAUGAAAGCUUGGCCUUCACACCGGACUUGAACACUGACCUGGUGCCAGAAGUUCCAAACUUAUGUUGAUCUCUUUUCCUUGUUAUUAAAACAUGGUGUAUAGCAGUUGGAUUUUUGUACAUUCAUUUCUAAUAAAUG